CGAGCGACGGAGGCAGAGCGACGGAGGCAGAGCGACGGAGGCAGAGUGACGGGCGACGGAGGCAGAGCGACGGAGGCAGAGCGACGGGCGACGGAGGCAGAGCGACGGGCGACGGAGGCAGAGCGACGGAGGCAGAGCGACGGGCGACGGAGGCAGAGCGACGGAGGCAGAGCGACGGAGGCAGAGCGACGGAGGCAGAGCGACGGGCGACGGAGGCAGAGCGACGGAGGCAGAGCGACGGGCGACGGAGGCAGAGCGACGGAGGCAGAGCGACGGAGGCAGAGCGACGCGACGGAACCACAAUGCAGUUCGGCAAAGAGUGACGUCACCACAUUCAAAGGGAAUGGGAAGCGUCUCCGUUGA